ACACUACUUCUUGUCUGUGGCUGUACAUACCUGCUUUUCAUUAUAAAAGAUACACUCGUGUCCGCAGCAUUCUGUUUCAAAUGGAAAGUUCCUCAAGCUCCUUCUCUACCAGGGAUCCUGAACGCUUAAGAGGUUCUGAGUGCACUCGUUGAGAAGAUGCGAGCACAGGAAAUUCUUAGGAGCCUGCGACUGCCAGAAUUAGAUGAAUUCAGCCAGUUUGUUCAUAUGCUUCUUCCUCCCACACUGGUGGGAAUCGCUUCAUUUGCAGCUGUUAUAACGUACUGGCUGGCGACCAAACCUAAAGCCUUGAAACCACCUUGUGACCUUUCUCAACAAUCACAGGAAAUUGAGGGUGGUGAGCAAGCUCACAGAUCUGUAUUGAGUGACAGCCCAAAGCUUCUAACUCACUACUAUAAUGAAACACGGACAAUGUAUGAAGUGUACCAGAGAGGAUUACGUAUCACAGGUGAUGGUCCUUUUUUAGGUUACAGAAAACCUGCGCAGCCUUAUCAGUGGCUUUCCUACAAAGAGGUCUCAGACCGUGCAGAGUACCUAGGAUCUGGAUUACUCCAGAAAGGUUGCGGGUCAUCCCCAGAACAAUUCAUUGGUGUUUUUGCGCAAAACAGACCAGAGUGGAUAAUUGCUGAGUUGGCAUGCUAUACCUACUCCAUGGUGAUUGUUCCACUUUAUGACACACUUGGACCUGAAGCCAUUCGCUACAUAAUUAAUACAGCUGAGAUUUCUACAGUUAUCUGUGAUAAUGAAGAGAAAGCAAAAAUUCUUUUGAAGAACGUCGAGAAGAAGGAGACUCCAGGCAUGAAGAUAAUUAUUCUGAUGGAUCCAUUGGAGGCGGAAUUGGUUGAGAUGGGAAGAAACUGUGGAGUGGAAAUAGUGGCACUGCAAGAAGUGGAGAAUCUUGGCCAAAUGAACAGGCGGAACCCUGUGCCUCCACGACCCGAGGAUUUGUCCAUUGUCUGUUUUACAAGUGGAACAACAGGAAAUCCUAAAGGAGCCAUGCUUACACAUGGGAAUGUGGUGGCUGAUUUUUCAGCCUUUUUGAAAGUUACAGAGAAAGUGAUCUUUCCAAGGCAAGACGAUGUCCUCAUAUCCUUCUUGCCUCUGGCUCAUAUGUUUGAGAGAGUUAUCCAGUCUGUAGUUGUAUGCCAUGGAGGCCGGAUAGGAUUUUUCCAAGGUGAUAUUAAGCUUCUGUCAGAUGAUAUGAAGGCACUGCGACCAACUAUUUUCCCUGUUGUUCCAAGACUAUUAAAUAGAAUGUAUGAUAAGAUAUUUAGCCAAGCAGGUACACCAGUAAAACGCUGGCUACUGAAAUUUGCAGCCAAGAGGAAGGAAAUUGAAGUGCGAAAUGGUAUUAUAAGGAACAACAGCUUGUGGGACAAAUUCUUUUUCAAUAAAAUACAGAACAGUCUCGGAGGGGAGGUUAGAAUGAUCAUCACUGGUGCUGCUCCUGCUUCUCCUGCAGUACUUGGUUUCCUAAGAGCAGCCCUGGGGUGCCAGGUCUAUGAAGGUUAUGGGCAGACUGAAUGCACAGCCGGAUGUACCUUUACCACACCUGGAGACUGGACAUCAGGUCAUGUUGGGGCUCCUCUACCUUGUAAUUUUAUCAAACUUAUCGAUGUAAGAGAUAUGAAAUAUUUUUCUGCAAAAGGAGAAGGUGAGAUCUGUGUGAAAGGACCAAAUGUAUUUAAAGGUUACCUCAAAGAUCCUAAGAAAACCACUGAAGCUCUGGAUGAAGAUGAAUGGCUACACACUGGAGACAUUGGCAAGUGGUUACCUAAUGGCACCUUAAAAAUCAUAGACCGCAAGAAGCACAUAUUCAAACUUGCUCAGGGUGAAUAUGUUGCUCCAGAAAAAAUUGAGAAUAUCUAUAUACGCAGUGAGCCAGUUGCCCAAGUGUACGUCCAUGGAGACAGUUUGCAGUCCUUCUUAGUGGGUAUUGUUGUACCUGAUCCAGAAGCCGCAGAUGCAUGGGCAAGGAAAAGGGGAUUUGAGGGUCCAUUUGUAGAGCUGUGUAAAGCAAAGGGAUUAAAAAAGGCAAUCAUGGAGGACAUGGUAAAGCUUGGAAAGCAGGCUGGCCUUUAUUCUUUUGAACAGGUAAAAGACAUCUAUAUCCACUGUGAAAUGUUCUCUAUCCAAAAUGGUCUACUGACUCCGACCCUGAAGGCUAAGCGGCCAGAGCUCCGGAAUUACUUUCGGAAGCAAAUUGAAGAGCUUUAUACGAAUACUUCCACAUGAAAAUACGUGACAGAUGUCCGGUCAUGAACAUUCCUAUUCCCAGUCUUAACGCUGGUUCCACUAUGUUAAACAGUCACGAGGUAAAGAUAGAUUUGCGUAUAUUCAGGAAUCAAUUGUUUCUUCAAUCAACUGGAAAGCAUCUUGUGUAAUAAAGAUUUGCACUUACAUUUUUAAAGCUG